AUUCAUUUGGCCAGUCACGGGGCCAAAACCAGUGUUUGGAGCCACAGUGUGGCGGUGGAGGCAGCAGAUAUGGGAGGCCAUACAGCAACCUAUGACAAAAUGGAAACCAGCAGGAGUGUGAGGAGACCUGAAAGUGGCACAUGGCAGAGUGGGAGCAAUGGGAGGCGGUACAGGGACCCAGGUCACACUGUGGGACCAGCAACAGCGUGACCAGGCGGUACGGGGGCCCAUGGCCGAUUUGGGGCCUGGCGGCACCUAUGGGAGGCCUGUAAUCUGCCAGCAACCUAUGACAAAAUGGAAAACCGCAGGAGUGUGAGGAGACCUCAAAGUGGCACAUGGCAGAGUGGGAGCAAUGGGAGGCCGUACAGGGACCCAGGUCACACUGUGGGCCCAGCA